AUGGCUCCUCAUCAUACCCGCGGGCCAACUCCUCCUCCGAGCUAUCACCGCCGUACACCAUACCACCACACCCCAAUGGGGCAAGCUCACCACCAGCAACCCAGUCCCCAUUCACAUUGGCUUCCUCACCACCAGCACCAAAACCCCCCUUCUGACCCUGGCCCAACUACACUGGACCGCGGCUCUCCGCCCCUUGGACGUCGUUCACUGGCUCCAUCGCCCCCCACCCCAGAUGCCCGCCCACGGACACCAGCAACACCUCCCCCAGGAUCCUCACAGCCCCUACCCACUGCGUCCACUGGGCCCAGACCAAUAUCCCCAUCUACAUAUCCCACCAUCUACUCGGCUACCACCGGCUGGAAAAUGUUUUCCACCAUGACGCAAUCCACACGUGACUGGGCAGCCUCCCUCACGCACCUACAAGCCCCCCACUUCCACAAACAGUGGUUCUCUGCUCACUGGGCUAUCCUCCGCCAACACUGGGGAACCAAAUGUACCACCAAUAUGGAACAAAUACGCACCGCCGGGGACCCCCCCCUCCUCACAGAGAUUAACAAUAACAUUAGGCUCAAACGCGUACACCACGACACCGCCCCAACGGGCCAUGGUCGCCGCAUACGCACCCGCGGUGCCCACCUGCAAGCCAAGACACGUGACAGGCACUCCCGUCGACUCUCCUUGCUGCCACUGGCCACCUCAUCACCCCCGGUAAGCGAUGCCCCGCCGAUCCGGCCCCCGCGACGGCCCCCCGACCCUCAAGGACGACCUCCAGCAGCCUAA